AUGGCAGAAGAUGAAGACGACUUAGCAGCAGCAGCAGCAGCAGCAGCCGCUGCGGGCAGCGCUGCGUCUCAUCCACAGAGCCACCUACAGCAGCAACAGCAGCAUAGCAGCAGCGCCGACAGCAAGAAUGGCAGCAGCAGCAGCAGCAAAGAAACAUAUGCGGAAAGCGAAGCGCUGCAAGAGCUGCUGCCUCGUGUGGGCCGCCAGGUGCUGGCAAUUAAGGGGCUGCCCGCGGCGAGCAGCUGCGCGUUGUACUUGGUGAACAGGGACGCUUUGUUUUCUUACCACCCGGCGAGCGAGGCUUUCUUGCAGCGGCUGCAGGGCCUUUUUGUUUCUUCGCACUACAAGAACAGCCCCAACGACCUGCAGCUGAUGGCCGACGCCCCGGCCCACCUUCUUUUUGUUUUCCUCAAAACUGUCGAAGACCAACAAGACACACUUCCUGACAUUUACUGCGCCAUACAGGUGGCGAUUGAGGGCUCGCUGUCCCGCGGAGCCAUUCGAGAGGCCCUCGGGAGGGGCCUCCGUCCUGCAGGCGAUUUGCUUCCUUGGACUUUGGCCCAAGCCUUCGGGAACGAAGAUGUGGGGCUUCUCACUGGGGCGCGCAUUGUGCGAAUUGCUGUGCACCCGAGUCUGCAGCGAAUGGGCUUUGGGUCUGCUGCGUUGCAGCAGCUGAUAGACUUUUUCGAAGGCAAGGGCCUGUCUCUGCAGGAGCCCCAGGAAUUUGCUGCCUUUGCGCAGCGCAAGGCCGCGCAGCAGCAGCAGCAGCAGCCGCAGCAGGGGUCCAAAAGGAAGGAGAAAGUGUCCAAAAUGGACGCAGACAUCGAAGACUUGGACUUGGAAGCAGGCACAAGUGACGAGGAGACAGAGUCUGAGGAGCCCGACGAAGCAGCAGCAGAAGAAGAAAAGGGGCCAAAGGGGACAAAGGAGAGAGCGAAAAACCCCAAAAACGGGAAAAGAGACAAAGACAAAGCAGCAGACUCGCUGUCCAUACUUACCGUCACCCCCGAACAGCUGCGCCCACAGACCACGCCCCCGCUGCUCUGCCCCUGCGCCCGCAGCUGCCCCCCCUUCGCCGUGGACUACCUGGGCACUGCCUUUGGCCUCACGGAUCAGCUGCUGCGCUUUUGGGCCCGCAGGGGCUUCGUGCCUGUCUACUUGAGGCAGCAGCCCAACGACGUCACGGGCGAACACAGCUGCAUCAUGCUGCGGCCAGCUGCGCCCGCCCCAGCAGCAGCAGCAGCAGCAGCAGCGAGUUCGGAUGCACAUCAGGGGGAGACGCACAAACGUGGGCUUUAUGGCGGCAUUGACGAGGCGGAGGCGCGCAGCAAAGCAGCAGACGGCCAUUGGGUGCAGCUCUUCGCUGCAGACUUCCGAAGGCGGUUUGUGGAACUCACAGGGGGCCCCUUCAGAGACAUGUCUGUCUCCUUGGCCCUCGCCACACUUGCAGGCUCGAGGGGACAGGAAGCAGAGGGUUAUUUGCCUGCAGUGAACGCGGAGACGAUGUUUCAGUUCUUAACUCGCCACGACUUGAGCCGUCUGCACAAGUACGCGCAGCAGCUCGCGGACUUGGCCUUAAUAACGGACUUGGUGCCUUUGCUCUGCGCUUUGUACUUCGGCCAAAGACUCAGACCCCUGCAGCUUUCCUUUUUGCAAGAAGCUGCGCUGCUGGGCAUGGGCGGCCAGAGGAGACAGCCUGACACAUUGGCUGAGGAAUUCAAAGUUCCUGUCCAUCAGAUUUUGGCGCUUUUCAACAAGGCAAUAGUGAAGAUCCACCAGCACCUGCAUAAUCUUUUGGAGGCCGAAGAGGAGUCGGCCUUCGCCGCCCGGAGAGUGGCCGUCAAGCAGGGGGAGGCAGUGGGGGGAGCUGAACCCCAGGGACCCCUGGCGGAGGAGCAGCAGAAAGAUGCAGCAAAAGUGCUGCAGCAGCAAAGUAUACAGCUGCAGCAAAUCAAAGAGGCGCUGGGUCCAGAUGCGCUCGAGAAAUACGGUGUCAGUCACAUUACACCAGAGGAUAUUGAGGACGCCGCAAAGGGAAGAGAGGUGUCGGGCUCCAUUUCCAUUAGGAAAAAGGCAAAGGCUCCAGGAGAUACGGCAGCCUCAGGAGAAGGCAGUUCAGCUGCCAAGACAAAGCGAAACAAGAAGUUCAGAAACUUGGGUUUUUGA